GCCAUUUCAGUUCACACUCGGCAAAACCCUAACCCCAAUAUAUAUAUCAAUCUUGGCCAUCUUUCCAUUUUCCUCUGAAACCCUAGCUCUUCCACGCUGCAGCCAUGCCGCCCAAGUUCGAUCCCUCACAGGUCGUCGAUGUGUAUGUCCGCGUCACCGGAGGCGAGGUAGGUGCGGCCAGUUCGCUCGCCCCUAAGAUCGGUCCUCUCGGUCUCUCUCCUAAGAAGAUUGGUGAAGACAUAGCGAAGGAGACGGCUAAGGACUGGAAGGGAUUGAGAGUCACUGUUAAGCUCACCGUCCAGAACCGCCAGGCCAAGGUAUCAGUGGUGCCAUCUGCUGCGGCGCUUGUUAUCAAGGCCUUGAAAGAGCCCGAGCGAGACCGCAAGAAGACUAAGAAUAUUAAGCACAAUGGCAACAUAUCCCUCGAUGAUGUGAUCGAGAUUGCAAGAACUAUGAGGCCGAGGUCGAUGGCUAAGGACCUUUCCGGGACUAUAAAGGAGAUCCUUGGUACUUGCGUCUCUGUUGGUUGCACAGUGGACGGGAAGGACCCAAAGGACUUGCAGCAGGAGAUCACUGAUGGAGAUGUUGAAGUCCCUCUGGAAUGAGGUCCAUUUUUUCUUCAUCCUGUCAAAUCAGUGAUUUUUGAUAUAAAAAAAUUGGAGAACAGUUGGAGACCAUGCGCUUUUGCUUACAAUUUGAGUAAUCUAGAUGAUUUGGAGAUAUUGUAUUUGCUAGUUAAAGUUGCUUACGAGGACAAUAAUUUAUUUGGUUAUAGUUUUGAUUUCAUUUUCGUUUCCAGAAUGUCAUCCCUUUGAUCAAUGGAUUAUUUAGUCAUUGUCUGUUUUAA